AGCUCCUAUGAGACAGGGUCACAGGUGUUAGAUUGCAUCACAAAGCAUGACCUCCCUGUAGGGCCUGGGCUCUAAGGUCAGGACUCACAGAGCUGCCUGGUCAGAACAUAAGUGCAAGCUUCAAGUGCUGGAGACCCAGGAAAAACAAAAACUGGGACAGCCAGAGCGAGGACAGAGGCCAGCAAGAUUGAGCAGCUCCAGUCCUGAGAAGGACCCAAAGAAGAUCUUUUGUGCCUUUGACCGACGGACCAUGAUGAGAUCCUGGUGGCUCUCUCUAAUCCUCCUAACCAUUCCAGUGGUCCUGGCAGACAGCACAGAUCCACGCAGCAAUGAAGUGGAGGCGCUGAAGUCCUUUAUAAACAUCAACACCUCGAAUUCCAACGUGAAGCAGUGUGUGUGGUUUGCUGUGCAAGAAUACAACAAAAGGAGCGAGGACAAGUACAUCUUCCUUGUGGCCAAGAUACUGCAUGCUGAGCUGCAGGUAAAGACGUUCUAUCUGGAAGUGCAUUUGCAUACGGUGGCAGAGAUGGACACUGGGCUGAAAGAGUAGGCAAGUGAGAAAAAUACUGACAGGCACAGUCCUUAAUAUGUGAUUAAGUGUGCACAUACAUUGCUACAAUAGCAGUGUAUACACAGGACACUUUCUACACAUGCUGGGGCUCUAGUUCUAAGUACAUUUAACUCGAAACUGAAAUCUAAUGUUCAUAUGCUUACUGAGGUUAAGAGAAAAAUCAAGUGACAGAAAUAGUUUGCAAUAAUACUGUCAUGGGAAAUGUUUGACUAGAUCUGCAUAGUAUGGGAUAUGGGGUUGUAGAGCAGCACACAGAACCAGCUAUCGUAUAAGUGAAUAAAGUGCCAUGUCCUACGUGCUUUCAUUUUUCAAUCCAAUAUGAAUUUAGUGGAAGUGGAAACAUUCUGAUUUUAUCACAAAAGUAUGCCCCUUUUUGCUGGGUGUAGUGCCACAUGCCUGUAGUCCCAGCACUUGAGAGGCAGAGGCAGGUGGAUCUCUUCGAGUUCAAGGCUAGCCUGGU